AUGUUCGGACGAAAGAAGGUUGACGUCUUCCGCGUCUUACAGCUGCUUCUGUUUCUGAGUAAUUGCGUCCAUGGAUUGGCAGAAAAAAAUGUUUUUAAUCAUGGACGAACCGAGAGUGGUAAAAACUUCACGGGUCGGAAAAUGGGUUACUUUUGGCACGUGACUGACAUGUUCUUUGACCCUUAUUAUUCACCCUUGGGAGCUCCCGAAGACGACUGUCACAUAAAAAAUUCCGAAAACUUUACGAGGAAUUGCGGUUUUUUUGGUGAAUUUGGUCAAUGCUCGGCCUUUGGAUUGAUGGAGACUAUAGCGAGGGCGAUGAACGCAACUACGCGAUGGAAAAGCACGGCGCCAGACUUCUGCAUUUUUACAGGGAAUCUACGCUGUCCGAAUAUCGGUGAUCGACAGGACGAUAUUUAUGAAACAAUCAGCGCUUUCGUCACGGACAUUAGGAACGCUGGUUUCGUAACCAUCUAUCCAAGCUACGGCUGGUACGAUUAUCAACCUCACGGUCAUCACCCCCUAAAGUUAACGACCCACUACGAGAGAGUGAAAAAUCUGUUACGCGACGAACGAGAUUCUUCAAACUAUUGUCAAAAGAGUUUGGACCAUAAUCCCAAGGUGAAACAGAUUCUUGGUCAACCCGGACCGGAAAUUGGGUACUUUUCGCGCGUUCAACCACCGGAGAAUCGGAUCCGGGUUAUCGUGAUGAAUACAAAUUUUUACGUAAGGAAUCAUAUCGCAAGUCGUCGACCUGAUCCAGCCAGACAAUGGAGAUGGCUCAUCGAGGAGCUCAGAGCAUGUCGAAUCGCCGGUCAAAAGGCAUUCAUCGUUAUGUCGGUACCACCGGGCUUUGAUCGAAAAAGCUACAGCGAAGAAAACCUUGACAAAGGAAAAGAAAACCUGCUGGUAUGGAGCAACGGCCACAAUCGACGCUAUUUAAGAAUAAUCAGUAAGUUUCGCGACGUUGUUGCUGCACAAUUUGCCGGACACAGACACGAGGACACAUUUCGUCUGGUGUACGACAGAAAAGGAAAAGCUGUUUCCGCAGUGCUUCUUGCUCCGCCGAUGAGCCCUCGUUUCGGCAACUAUCCGAAGAUUAGAAUCUAUAUGUACGACAAGCACAGCGGCAAACUCAUCGACUACGUGCAGUACUACUUUAACUUGACGAAGGCAAACCAGGACGCGGACAUGACGAGUCCUGAAAAAUACUGGGAAGUGAGCUAUUCGUUUCGUGACUUUUACCGACUUCCAGACGCAACGACGUCCAGCUUUGAAAAGCUUGUUAAAAAUUUUCAAAGCGACAACAACGUCGUUUUUGAUCGAUAUCACAGCAACGCCGAAGGCCGUGUGAAUCACAAAGCAACCUGCGAUUAUCGCUGCAAAUUGAUUUCGUUGUGCGUCAUAACGAGCCUUGAAUUCGGGCGUUUCUCCGAGUGUGUUUCCGGGAAAUUCGCGGCCGACCAAAUUCGCACUAGACUGUCGGUCCAACCCCUCCCGAAACCUCUGCGAGAUCGCCUCUUUCGCCGUUUCAACCCCAUCUCGGCCUCCCCAACUCCACCAUCUGUUAAUUAUAUGGAUCGGACCGAAGACACGAGGGUUCAAGCAUUUCAAACGUUUUAA